UAGAUCAGCUUCUGGGACAGCGGUCACAUACUGCUCUGCGCUGCGGGCAGGCCAGAGCCUUGAGUGGAGAAGAGAAGGCACCGUGCAGAAGCCACCGCCUCCUGCAGAGCCGCCAGUCAGCGUGUUGGGAUGGAAGGAGCCAAGACACCAGGCGCCAGCUGGACCUGGACGGGGCUACUUCCCCUCCCGGGCCUGCUCUUCACCGCCACCCUACUAAUCCUGGUCCUGCAACUGCUCACCCUGCGCACCAGGCGACCUGGUGAACCUCCCUUGGUAAAAGGCUGGCUUCCUUAUUUUGGCAUUGUUUUGAAUCUCCGAAAGAAUCCCCUGGCUUUCAUGAAAAGUCUCCAAAGGAAACACGGUGACAUAUUCACUAUUCUGCUUUCGGGGAAGUAUAUCACAUUUAUUCUGGACCCUUUCCAGUACCAUCUCGUAAUGAAAAACCCCAAACAAUUGAACUUUUCUAAGUUCAGCAGACAAGUAUCAGCAAGAGCCUUUGGCGUCAAGAAGUUGGCAACUGAUGAUGAACUUAAUGAAGAUCUUCACAGACACUAUCUGCUUUUGCAAGGCAAACCUUUAGACUGCCUCCUAGAAUGCAUGAACCAACAGAUAAAAGAAAUAUUUGAGUCCCAGCUACUAAAAUCCACAGAUUGGAAUACAGCAAGUCUGUUUGAAUUCUGUGCCUCACUGAUAUUUGAAACCACAUUUUCAGUCAUCUAUGGAAAAACUCUUGCUGGCAACAGGAAAAAAUUUAUCAGUGAGCUAAGAGAUGAUUUUUUAAAAUAUGAUGAGAUGUUCCCGUAUCUAAUAACUGAUAUACCAGUUCAGCUUCUAAGGAAAGCAAAAGCUUUGCAGUGGAAACUUAUAGAACACCUUACAUCAGAAAAACUGUCUCAGAUGCAAGGGGAGUCAGAAAUUGUUAAGGAAAGGCAACAUGUUCUGGAGAAACACUAUCUGCGUGAAGACUUUGAAAUAGGAGGACAUCAUCUUGGCUUUCUCUGGGCCUCCAUGGCAAACACCAUUCCAACUAUGUUCUGGGCAAUGUAUUAUCUUCUUCGGCACCCAGAAAGUAUGAAAGUACUGAGUAACGAAAUUGACAGCUUCCUGCAGUCAACAGGUCAAAAGAAAGGGCCCGGACUUUCCAUCCACUUCAACAAAGAACAAUUGGACAGCUUGGUCAGCCUGGAAAGCAUCAUCCUCGAGGUCCUGCGGCUGUGCUCCUACUCCACUGUCAUGCGGGUAGUUGAAGAGGAUAUGACUUUGAACUUGGAGACUAGCAGCUACCAUGUGCGGAAGGGAGACUUUGUAGCUCUCUUUCCUCCCAUCCAACACAUGGACCCAGAAGUCUUUGAAGCUCCAGAGGAAUUUAGGUUUGAUCGUUUUAUAGAAGAUGGCAAGAAGAAAAAAAACUUUCUCAAAGGAGGGAAAAAGCUGAAGUAUUCUGUCAUGCCAUUUGGACUCGGAGUCAGCAAAUGUCCAGGACGAUAUUUUGCAAUUAACGAACUAAAGCUACUAUUGGCUUUACUUUCAACUUAUUUUGAUAUAGAAACAAUUGACAAUAAGACCGUAGAACUAAACCACAAACGUUUGUUGUUCGGUAUUCAGCAUCCCAAUUCUGACAUCUCAUUUAGGUAUAAGGCAAAGUCUUUGAGAAACUGAAAUGAUGGCAAAGAAGCUUAUCAGAGUGAAGCUACAUGUGCUAAGCUCUGUGGUUUGCUCUACUCUUGCAAAUUUGAUACUACACUUGUUUGUUUGAAAACAGCAAAUUUAUAUUUGAUCUGAGAUCAAUUCAGUUUGUUCUUGGUCACAAAAUCUGUCAAAAACUAAAGCAGGGCUGCAGGAUAAAUAAUGCCAUGUCAAUCAUUUCAGGAUAAGUUCAAAGUAACAAUUUCAACUUUGUACUUACUAUGCUUUUUAUCAUUUCUCCUGAAUAUGCUUCUCCAGUGAUAAAUUUGGCCCUGGGUGAUUUGUUUUUUUUUAUUUUUUAUUUUCUGAAAUCCUCUAAUAUGAUUUUAUGUACUGUUGGAAAAGCAUGCCAUUGGACAGUCUAACAAUAUCCAAAUUCUCAAGGGAGAAGGAAAUUAAUUCCCACGAAUUAUACUGUAUGAAAAUGUUCCCUUCAAGUAGAGUCUCAAUAAUGUCUAUAUCACCAGGGUACCUUUGCAUUAAAUGAAUUUCUCAAUAAAUUAAAUGUUCCAACUUUCCUUCAAUAUUUGAUCAUUCAUAAAUGCUCUUUUUAACUUUGUAUUCUACAGUUUAAUAGAACAAAAUUUCUUGUUAUAUAAGACCUCUCGUGUUCAAGUUAGAUACUGUUAAAAUUUAAUAGAUAGGAAAACACAAAGUCUAUUAUAUAUUCAGCAACUGCUAUAGACAUUAGUUUUGGGCUUAUUUUAGAGGAAAACACUGAAGUCAUUAUAGUGUUGAUGGUGGUAUUGGUGUUUAGUACAGACAGUAGUAUAUAAGACGGCAAUAUAUCCUUUAUUCAAUGUUUCCAUUUAUAUAAACUGAGAAAUUAGGUGGCAUUAUUUAUCCACAACCUUUUGGACUUGGAGGUUAGUUGUAUUAUUUAGCAUUAUCACACUAAGCUAUACAAAAUAAUUUCAUACCACACAAUACAGCCUAUAUUAAUGAUUAAAAAUUUUCUCCUAUCAAAUUUCCAGUGAUUGACAUUUGGCAUAAAUUGAGGUACAAAAUGCAAGCUCACAGGGCAAAUAAUUGAGCCAGAUUAAUUCAUGCUGCAUAAAUUAGAAAUUCUAAUGCUUUGGAAAUUUUCUGUUGUCGCUAUAAAGAAAAUUGAUUUAAAAUAGCACCUUAAAAUACUUAUCAUACUAGGUAAAACAGCAUGGUAGCAUUGCUUUUCUCUUUUCUAGAGCACGUGCUGAUUGAAUCCUGCUCACAUAAAGGCAUACUAGUAUGAAUUCUGUCUCAGCUUGAUUGAGGCAGUCUUUAUUCUAAAUUUCUAUCCUUCUUUUAAAAAAUGCAAAAUGACCAUUCAUAACUACAUAAAUUCACAGAAUACAAAGUGAAGUUAUGGCAUAUGAAACUGAUGUGGAAUGAUUAGACCAACCCAAAUGGUUAAAUCAACCCUGAUACGUAACACCUGUUAUAAGAACAUGUUGAGCUAUAUUCUCUUAGCAACUUUUACCAUACAGUGAACUUUUGAUAACUAUAUUCACAAGGUGAUAUGAUAAAACCAAUUCCCAUAUGCCCCCAAAAGACUAUAUUCCUCCUAGCUCUUUGGGGGUUUUUGUUGUUGUUGUUUACUUUUUUAUCAUUUCUCCUACACUUCCCCUGCCCCUAUAAUCACUAUUUCACUCUAGAUGCUCUAGGUUGAGUCAAGAUGAAAUUAAAACUAAUACAUGAGGUAGAGCCCAUGGUCUGUCUCUCUUGGUUUUACUCUACUUAAUGUUCUCUAAAUCUCUCUAUGUUGAAUCAAAUGACAGAAUUUAUUUUUUAUGGCCAAGUAAUAUUCCAUGAUGUGAAUAUACCACAUUGCCUUUAUUCAAAAGCUGUGUCUAACCACCCCUACCUCCUGCCAUGACUCCCCUCAUUCUCCUGAGAACAAAGGAUAUGUGUGACAGCCCAUCCUCAGGCCUGUCUGACACUCUUCCUUCUGAGAGUCUCUCUGGUUGAUUUUGAGCCAUCAACUUGUCAAAUUUCCCAUCUCAUGGAAUUUCUAAGUUCAGUGGUUGCAAUUUUCAGUUGAAAAUUGCUUUUUCUACAUUACUGCCUGGCCAUAUUUUGUGAUAUCUUGUUCCUUUAAUGUAACUUCGCUAUCCCUUUAACUAUAUAUUCUGGCUUAUAUUCUGUAUCUGGCAUUGCCAACCUACUCCUGUUUUAUGGGUCUGAUUCUAUAGUCCCCUUUCUUUCAGAGUUUCUGGUGGCUUAAUUACUGAGCAUAUGUUCCUUGGAAUUUUGCUUCUGGAAAAUAUUUCUGACCUGAGCUUGAUGUUCAUUCCUCAAGGUAUAAUUUGUGUUUGAUUUUCUCACUGUUAAUGUUUCUGUCUAAUUCAGAUUACUGGGAAUGCUCAACUGGAAUACUUGGGAGGAGGCAUUGUAUACUAAGUAACUGAAUUCCAGCCUUAAAUAAAACAUUCUGAUUAAGAGA